GGGAGGGAUCUGGAGAGAGAGGCACAUGAUUACCCAAGCGAAGUGACUCGAUUUUCAGGUGUGGCCUAAGGCGGCGGUCCCCCACCCUCAGGCAGCCCAAAGACCACGAACUUUCCUGAUCAACUUCUCCGGGAGUCGUCUUCACCGGCCAAGCGAUGCUAUCUAUUUGAGACGGACUCUCGAAGUAGUUUUUCUCCAUUUAAAUUGCCGUUUUAUUGAUCACCUCACAGCAGGUCGUUUAAAAACUACUGUUUAACAAACGUGGGAAGUGCACAGAAAGACCAAGAAAACUAUUGUUUGCUGGGCUAAGUUAGCUAGUUGGCUAACGUAUUGCUAAAUAUGAACUAUCGUUAGCUGAACCUAGCCAACUUGGCUUUCCUUGCUGUGUGAGCUAUCUACGAACAGGCGGGUUGCUGUUUGGUCUUUAUCAGAUCAGAACUUCGUCAAACCUGGCUAAGUGAAUCUUAUUUCAUGGUUAGGUCUGAAAUGAAGGAACCACCUGGAUGCAGGUAUGGAAGACCAAAGUGAAGGACUGAUAAACUAAAACUAAAAUAAAUAAAUAAAAAGACAGAUAUCUGUCUGGACUGACAGAUAUUACAGUGUUCAGUUCAGGGAUUAUUUCACCAUUAAUGCGUUUAUGCUUUCCAUUGUAUUUGCAUGGAAAGGUAGACAUCUUGCAAAUUAUAAAGUAGCUCAGAUUACAGUGUGGCGAGUGCAAUCGCAAGACCUGUUGUUCAUGGGAUUAAUUCACUAAAUGUUCCAUGAAAUAUGCACGUAUAUUUCCACGCUUAAAUGCACUCCAGUAUUCCAAAUCUUUUUUUCAAGUGUAUUACCAGUUGAAUAAAGGCACUAAAUUGCCCUUGGCAGUUCAGUCAAAGAAAACGGGCACUGGGUAGGCUGGUUGGAACCUCAUUUUGGGAAGAUGAUGAUAAUGCUACAUAAACUGAUGGACGUACAACUGGAACAAAUGUGAAUUGCCUGAACCACACCUUACUGGGAUUUCUGUUCUGGAGCUCCUGGGACCAACCUUCACUCAACAUACAACUGAAAAGAAAGUGAAAUUGAAUGACAAGGAUACGCUUCAGCAACUGAAACCACAAGGCAAGACAAACAGGCAACCGGAGGUUAAACAUGAAUUAGGUGCUGUAUAAUCGGGCAGGAGACAGAAUAUUGGAAUUACGUUGGACAUGCCACAAUCUACUGGACUGCGGUGGAAAUGAAAUAUUCCAUUAUACUGAACUGGGAAUUAAACCUUCUUAACUGGAAAUAAAGAACCUGGGAGACUCCAACCCUGGAAUUGCCUGCUGUGAUUAAAACAGUUUUUGACUGGAAUACAUAAGGAAAUGGCGGGGAAAGACUACAACCAUCUCUUCAAACUGCUCAUCAUUGGAGACUCAAAUGUGGGGAAAAGCAGUCUGCUGCUUCGAUUCGCUGACAAUUCUUUUUCAGGCAGCUACAUCACGACGAUCGGAGUGGACUUUAAGAUCCGCACGGUGGAUAUCGAUGGGGAGAGAGUCAAGCUGCAGAUCUGGGACACCGCAGGACAGGAGAGAUUCAGAACCAUCACCUCCACGUAUUAUAGGAACACCCAUGGUGUAAUCAUUGUAUAUGAUGUCACAAAUCAAGAAUCAUUCAUUAAUGUGAAGCGAUGGCUGAACGAGAUAUCCCAGAACUGUGACAACGUGUGUAAGAUUCUAGUUGGCAACAAGAACGACGACCCUACCAAAAAGCAGGUGGAGACCAUGGAUGCCCAGCGUUUCGGGGAAUCGGUGGGCGUGAGAGUCUUUGAAACAAGUGCCAAGGAAAACAUUAAUGUGGAAGAGAUGUUCAUGUCCUUCACGCACAUGGUCCUGCGGGCGAAGAAGGUGAGCCAGAGCCGCGCGGAGCGGGAGCGGGAGAGGGAGAAGGACACCGUGCACAUCAACUCGCACCGCGACCGCGACCGCAGGAAGAGGGGCAAGAAGUGCUGCUGAGAGUACUCUAGUGCCCAUUCACACUGACUCCAUUCAAUCCCAUAUUAACCCUAACAUUGCACUGAGAUGGUGUGGGCGUGGGCGUGGGUGUGGGGGGGUGCAGAACCACUGUUAUGUGCCGAAAUCUUUUCCUUUUUUUGUUAUUUUUUUUAUUGUUGGGGUUUCAUUUGUUUUACCGUUCAAAGGGAAGGGGUGGGGAUGCGCUGCAUAUUCUCGUCUUUACGGUUGUGGGAGCUGCGAGUUUCAUCAAUUAAAACAUGAAUUAGGAAAGACUAACGUGUCCGAGUGGUUUAACCAUGAACAGUGUGUGAAAUGUUCAUUUUAUUUUAAUAAAGAAAAUGCAAUAGCAGAAACAAAUUCAAAUAAACAGUAACCGCAAUAAA